CCUGACCACGCCGCUGCAGCCAAGCAGUCGGCGCGAAGCUCCGGGGCGGAAGAGUGCGGGGAGGCAGGAUGCAGGCGUGCGGGGGCGCCGCGGCGGGUCGCCGGGUUUUCGAUAGCAUUUGCCCCAACAGGAUGCUGGAUCCGCAAGGCCGGCCCUUUGGCAAGCCUGGGAAGCUGGACAGGAAGUUCGCUCCUCCACGGAAGUUCUUUCCGGAUCGCAGCAUCAGCAGCCGGGUGUCCGUGUACGAGGAUCCGCCAGACUCCGAGCCCGCUGCGCUGCCAGCCCUCACCACCAUAGACCUGCAAGACCUCGCUGACUGCUCCUCGUUACUCGGAUCCGAUGCGCCGCCUAGUGGUGAUUCGGCCGCCUCACAGAACCACUCCUUGCAAACGGCAGCGGAUUUCGAUCUGCAGGAUUUCAGAAACACAGUGGAUGAUCUCAUUGCAGACUCAUCGUCUUUGAUGUCACCUCCCCUGGCCGGCGGAAACUUUCCCUUCUCUCCUGACGUACUACCCUUUGGGUCCUGUCUCUCCCCGCCGCUGGACUCACCCGCCCUGCAGUCACCGCCGCUGCGCCCUCCCGAGGUUCCCCCGCCAGAGCAGUACUGGAAGGAGGUGGCCAAUCAGAACCAGAGGGCGCUGGGGGACGCACUCGUUGAGAAUAAUCAACUGCACGUGACGUUGACCCAGAAACAGGAGGAAAUCGCCUCACUGAAGGAGCGGAACGUGCAACUGAAGGAACUCGCCAGUAGGACCCGGCACCUGGCCUCAGUGUUGGAUAAGCUGAUGAUCACCCGGUCCCGGGAUUGCGGUGCGGCAGCCGAGCCGUUUCUGCUCAAAGCGACUGCAAAAAGGAGCCUGGAGGAGUUGUUCAGCGCUGCGGGGCAGGACUGCGCGGAAGUGGACGCCAUCCUACGGGAGAUUUCCGAACGCUGCGACGAAGCGCUGCAGAGCCGCGAUCCCAAGCGGCUCCGACUUCAGCCGGAGCCCCCAAGCAUGGACGGCAGGCCCGGGAACCUGCAUGGCGCCUUCCGGGGGCUGCGCACAGAUUGCAGCCGGAGCUCGCUGAACCUGAGCCACAGUGAGCUGGAGGAGGGCGGCUCUUUUAGCACCCCCAUCCGCAGCCACAGCACCAUCCGCACGCUCGCUUUCCCCCAGGGCAAUGCGUUCACCAUCCGGACAGCCAACGGGGGUUACAAAUUCCGCUGGGUCCCCAGUUGAACUGGGAUGUGGUCCUCCAAAACACUGCCCUGUAUUCGGACUGAAGCGCCUGGAGGUUAAGUGAGAGUAGUUGGAACUGUUUUCUGAACCUGACUUUUCAGAACUCCCCCUGAAAGGCCAAUG